AUGCACCGCGAAGUCCGCGGCUUCAACUCCAACGCUAUGCGUAACGUCCUCUCCUCCCACAUCCGCGAACUCAACUACCACGGCUCCAUAGGCUUCAGCCUCGUCAUCUCCCAAGGCUCCAUCACAAUAUACUCUCCGCACUGGAUCAACCGACUCCGCACAAACAAUUUCGUCUGGUGGGUUAUCGUCCUCCUCCAGCUCUGGAUUAUCACGUGGCCGGUUAUCUUCUUCAUGGAGAAGAGGUACGAAGUCGUCCACACGCGCUGGAAUGCGUCGCUUGUACCGGAGUCGGACUCUCCGCUGGCCAAGUGCUACGCGUUCGGUCGCGAUGAGUCUUCUCUGGCGGAGUACUGGGCUCCGGCUGUUAAACAGGCGGCUUGGACUCGGCGGCACGGCCAAGGUAAUCUUUUGACGAGGAUGGAUGCGGAUCGCUUGCAGGGGUACAGUACGCGGCAGCUGCUUGGUCUUCGUGAAGCUAGUUCGGACACUGAGCGCGAGCGCCGGGCGAGGGUUAACAAUGGUGAGGCUGGGUUUGCUGAUAAUGUUGUGAGUCUGGUGAGAGGGCUUGGAGAGGUCGGGCAGGAUUGGAGGUUUUCUGCGGGAUGGGGUGGUAACCGUGGGUAA